GAGGCGGCGGUUCCGGGGCGCCGCCGCUGCCUGAGGGCUGUGCGGGAGCAGAGCGAACCAGAGGGGCUCCGCCGCCCCUGCCGCUCCCCGUUCCGCCACCUCCUGCCUGCUCCUCGGCGGAGAGGAGGCCGCCAUGCACCCCGUUUUCCAGAGCAGCCAACGCGACUACACCCUCGGGGCGUGGAAGCUGAGCGCCGCCCGGACGCACAUCAUGAARUCGGCGCAGGCCGAGAGGUUGGCUGAUGAAUUACACAUGCCUUCCCUGCCAGAGAUGAUGUUUGGAGACAAUGUCCUAAGAAUACAGCAUGACCAUGGUUUUGGAAUUGAGUUCAAUGCUACAGAUGCUUUAAAAUGUGUCAAUAAUUGUCAAGGUAUGCUCAAAGUCGCUUGUGCAGAGGAGUGGCAAGAGAGCAGGAGUGAGACUGAGCACACUAAGGAAGUUGUCAAGCCAUAUGACUGGACUUACACAACAGACUACAAAGGAACUUUGCUGGGAGAUACUGAAACAUUAAAGGUUGUUCCUACAACAGAACACAUAAAUACAGAGAAAUUGAAAGCCAGGGAACAAAUUAUGUUUUUUGAAGAAGUACUYCUGUUUGAAGAUGAACUCCAUGAUCAUGGAGUAUCAAGUCUGAGUGUGAAAGUAAGAGUUAUGCCUUCCAGUUUUUUUGURCUGCUGAGGUUUUUCUUGCGGGUUGAUGGGGUACUCAUCAGAAUGAAUGAUACAAGACUUUAUCAUGAGGUUGACAAGACCUACAUGUUGCGAGAAUACACAUCCAGAGAAAGCAAAAUAUCAAGUUUAACGAAUGUUCCGCCUUCCCUGUUCACGGAACCUAACGAAAUCUCUCAGUAUUUGCCUAUAAAGGAGACAAUCUGUGAAAAACUAGAAUACCCAGAGAAGCUGGAGCCUCAGCCAGAAGCAUCACUGGAAACCACAUGUGCUAAGUCUAAAUAAAUGUGACUUUAUAUGGACUUGAAGUCGAUUGGAGAUAAUGUGAUCACAUAAUUGUUGUCAUGCGGGGCAUUUCACUAUUAGUGGAAUGAAGAAUUUGGCUAAUUUUUCUGUAGCCUUGAGAGAAAACAUUUCAAGCAGGUUUUGCUAAUGGUUUUUUGUUUGGAUUUUUUUAACCUGUAUCUGGAGUUGAUGAUAGACUGGUGGGGAGUUGCAAUUUUCAACAGCAUUGUAGAAAUGGCUAUUGGGAGUCUGGGUUCUGUUUAGUUCACCAAGCAGGCAGGAGGAUUGUCUGGACCCCCCUCCACUAACACUUCUAUGAAGAUUUUUUUAUUGCUGCUUCAGAUACUAAGAAACUACCAGAGUUGUAGAGCUGGAAUGAUUUUAUUUUUAUUGAGAAAUAAUCCACUGUAAAAAAAAAAAAAAGUAAUAAUGCUUCUGCAUUUAUUUUGAUCUKUCAGUCCUAAACUACCUAUUUUACUUGGCUUUCCCUACUGUAAGCUGAUAACCAAGUUACUUUUUGUGGUCUCUGAUCCAGAGUCUCACCUAAGAGUAUUCAUUUCAUCUGUGGAUAGGUUUAAGUGUAGGGAAAAGAAUGCAUUUGUUUGAUACUAUAAAGGUAAAGUUAUUUGUGAGGCAUUAACUCCAGAGCAGGAGAAAAGCUGGAGGUUAACAGAGACACCAGUAAGUCUCUUCACAAWUGCUGUUUUAAUCUGAUGUCCACGGGUUCUCUGGGGAGUUCUGGGACUCACUUGGGGUCCCUGUGCUGCUCCAGGCAUGUAUGAUGCUGGAAGGGCAUUGCCCUGCACUGGCUUUCUCUGGGAUGUGCCCACACAUGAUGGUUCUACUGCCCUGACAGCCCAAUUGCCAAACUGCAGUGGGGCUUAAGGCUGGGGAAGGCCUUUAGGGRUCUUGAGUUUCUGAUCCCUAAAGGAUGCUGGUGUUGAGAAAUCAAAUCCUGURUGGCCUUAAAAGGAUGCUAACAUGUAUUCCAGAUACAUAAUUCUGGUUUCUUUUAAGUUCUGAUAUUAAUAGAAGUGUGACCACUUACAUAGUCAUGGAUUCAACACUGUAGAUUAAACAUAAAUAGCUGUAUUACUUUUGGAAAUCUUACAAUAUAUUAAUGGUUUGGCCUAAGAAUGGGGGCAGCUAAGCAGGGUUGUCUGGGUUUACUGCUGACACUCAGUGCAGGAAGAGAAUAACUGUAGUGAAAAGCAGGUCUGGUGGUUUAAGGUGCUUGCAGAUGAGAACAUGUACACAUUCUGAUGUCUUGUGGGUUUUUGUUUAAAAAUCCUCAUAUGCUACAUUGCAUGGCUUACUAGAARCAACCCACCACAAAACCUAGUAUUUAACCAGAUCUUUUGUGGUUUUCAUGUAGAGAAGAUCCUGAGUUUUUUAGGGGGGAAAAAUGUCUACUGCCAUCUAAGUGACUGUAUUCUUAGUGAAAACAAAUAACACAUUUAUGUCACUUUUAUUUGAGGCAGCCUGGUYUAGUGAAUUCAACAUCAGGUGGAAAGGUGGGAACUAACUGCAAUUUUUCCUGUGUCACUGAUUUACUCUAACCAUGGGAAGGACAGUUCUCUGUGCCUCCAUUCCCUGUAUGUAAAAAUGAGAGUUAAUAUAGGCCUACCUCACAGAAGGGCUGUGAGGAUUAGUUUGUAUAAAGUUAUUGAUUACAAUUUUUUUUUUCAAUACACCUUCAGCCUUACCUUUGAAAAGGAUUACUGCCAAAAAAUCUUAUGAUCCAUAGGAUGAGUGAAGAGUACUGAAAUGAAACAAUUUCUGAAAGAGGUUAUCAGCAGUGAUAACUAUCAGAUAAUUAUUAGACAAGAUUUGGGU